AUGCCGAGCUCACUCGAAAUCGCAGCCAGCGCCGUCCAAGCCAGGACACGCAUUUCUAAUCACAUCUAUCAAACACCACUCAUUCCAGCCCGGCAAAUAGGCCGGGAUCACGAUGCGAAGGUGCUAUUCAAAGCCGAGAACUUUCAACUCACCGGAUCUUUCAAACUCAGGGGCGCUUUGUCCAAGUUGUCUGUUCAAACAGCACAGGGACAACUAAUCACAGCAUCGUCGGGUAAUCAUGGCAUUGGUGCUGCUUUUGCCUCGCAAGCGCUCUCCAGGAUCCUCACAGUCGUACUUCCAGAGACAGUGGUUCCAGCAAAGUUAGAAAAAAUCAAAUCUUACGGCGCUCAUGUCAUUCUGCAUGGUGCGGAAACGGGCCAGGCCGAACAGCAUGCGCAGCAACUUGCUGCUUCAGGCGCUUACACCUAUAUUUCACCCUACAACGAUGCCGAAAUUAUUGCGGGGCAGGGGACGAUUGGGCUUGAGAUUCUCGAGCAGUGCAACCAAGUUGAUAACAUCUUCAUUUCCAUGGGCGGGGGCGGACUCAUCAGCGGUGUUGGGUCCGUGCUCAAAGCUUUCAGCCCGCGGACGAAGAUCUAUGGUGUCGCUGCCAUAAACUCAAAGGCACUGGCCAAAUCCAUUGCGGCUGGUCAUGUUGUUGAGACAGAGCAUUUACCUACUCUGGCUGAGGCUGUGGCUGGUGGUAUUGAUGAAGACACAAUCACGCUUCCUCUAGCUAGGGCAGUGGUAGAUCAUGUGCUUGAGUGCAACGAAGCAGAAAUUUUUCAGGCUAUGAAGGCACUUGCUUUCGAGGAGAAAGUCAUUGUUGAGGGUUCUGCUGCACUUGCUCUCGCUGGAUUUACUCAAAUCGCUCAUGAACUGACCGGCCAAACCAGCGUUGUUCUUUUAUGUGGUGCGAAUGUUGAUCGGGAUAUCACGAGGGAGAGUUAG